AUCUUUUAGUUUUUAAAAGCAACAUUAUCUUGUAGUUCUCGUGACUUUUUGUGUCAAUUCUAGUAAUUUCUUGUUUUGCUUUCUUCUUAACAAGCAGAAGCUUAUUCCGGAGAUAGUAUGUUUGUUACAAAGAUUGAGUAUUGCAAGAGAUAUAAGGAGGACGUGCAACGAUUGAAGGAACUUGGAGUAAAUUCUUACAGAUUCUCCAUAGGUUGGAGCAGAGUAAUACCAGAUGGAACCUUAAAAGGAGGUAUAAACAAAGAAGGUAUCGACUUCUUCUACAACAAUUUGAUCAACGAGUUACUCAACAAUGGUAUUGAACCUUUUGUGACUAUCCUGCACUUUGACUAUCCAUUAGCUCUUCAACAAAAUAUUGGCGGCUUCUUAAAUCGCUCCAUUGUGAAACAUUUCAAGGAUUAUAGUGAGCUCCUAUUCAAAACAUAUGGUGAUCGAGUGAAAUAUUGGACUACAUUGAAUGAGCCAGGACUCCAAGCUAUGUAUAAUUACAUGGAAAAUCUAACUCAUUAUUCUACGGAGGACUGUGCAACUACUAAAGUUUGUACAGAAGUAUACACUGUACUUCAUAACUUACUCAUAUCCCAUGCCACAGUUUCAAAGUUAUACAAGUCUAAAUUCCAAGCAGUUCAAGGGGGAGAAAUUGGAAUUGCUAUUACAUCAAGAUCAUAUGUUCCCUAUAGUUCAAAGCCUGAGGAUGUGGAUGCUGCUCAAAGACUAACAGAAUUCAGAUGGGGAUGGGUUUUAGAGCCAUUGUUCAAUGGGGAUUAUCCAAAAAUAAUGAGAAAGCUAGUGGGGAAAAGACUACCCGAAUUCACUAAAAAUGAGAAAGAAAUAUUGAAAGGAAGUACAGACUUUAUUGGGAUCAAUUAUUAUUACUCUCUCUUUGUUAGAUAUGAACCAAAUAAAAGCAAGAUUCCUGCUAGUGACAAUUAUGAUGCCUUGGCUGUUACAGAAGUUUUGAACGUGGAAGGAAAAACUCUUGGUUACUAGGACCAAUAUGGUUGUAGAUAUGUCUACCCCGAAGGAUUAUAUAAUUUCUUGCUCUACAUUAACAAAGAGUAUAAAAAUCCAAGAAUCUACAUCACUGAAAAUGGAAUUCCUUCUUUCAAAAUCCCAAAUCCAUUGAAAGACGAACAUCGAACUGCUUACAUCACCGCACAUAUAAAUGCUACCAAAGCAGCAAUUAAUGACGGCGUAAACGUUCGUGGAUAUUUUGCAUGGGCAGCAUUUGAUACGUAUGAUUUUGACAAUGGAUAUUCUAAACAUAUGGAGCUUUAUCAUGUCGAUUUUGAUGACAGUCUCAAACGUAUAAUGACAAACACAGCUAAAUGGUACAAAAAGUAUUUGACACAUGAUUCGGUACACUAAAUGUUCUUAUGUUGAUUGGUCUCAACUUGGAGAAAAGGCAAGGGAGUCCCACUUUAAGUUUGAUUAGUUGUACUGUAGUGCUUUUAUGUUAUAAAUAAAAUGCAGUCUUCAGUCCAAUGACCAACCAAUAUAUUGUUUAUUUCCUUUUCUCUUUGGACUUUUUAGAGGUUUCACAUCGAUAUUUUAAUUUAUAUUAGUGAAGAUAUUCGUGAGAGAAAA